ACCAACGAAUCACGUUACUCUUGUUGCUCUCUAUUGCUCGAUCCACUCACUUUUGUGUUCGUUGUUCAAGUAAAAUCACCAUAACCUCUAACAACUGAGAACUGAAAAUGAAAGAAGAAAAAAAAGCGUAAAAAUGGAGGUUAGGUUUGGUAAAGCACUAACGAAGAUGAUGAGAGAUAUCGUAUUUGAUUGUUUGAAUUGAAUUCUAUGAUUCACUGAUUUCAUUGGUUAAUACUGUUGGGGCGCAGGAAGACGAAUGUUGUUUGUGUUGUUGUUGUUUAAUAGAUUUUGAUAUUCAAGAGAGUUCCAAAACCAAUAGCCUUGUGCAGAAGCUGACAGUUCUGUUUACUUAUCUCCAGUGCUGGCCUAAGCAUUUCAAUGGAAGCACAACAGGACCAGAGUUUGAAUCUUGAGGAGUGCUUGAAAUUACUGAAAGGAGAGCGAGAUGAGCAGCGUCUCGCUGGGCUUCUUCUGGUCACCAAGUUUUGCAAAGCUGAUGAUCACUCCUCACUUCGCAGGGUUUACGAGGCUGUUGGUUCUCUCUUUCUUGAUCGGCUACUCAGAACUGGUAUGGGAAAAGGAACCAUAUCCAGUAGUGGGGACAACAACCGGGAUGCAUAUUUGAACCUGUCGAUUGCAGUUCUUGCUACCCUUUGUCGUGUUCCAGAGAUUGCAUCCUCUGAAGACAUGAUUUCCAAGAUCCCAAUGAUAUUGGAAGUAAUUUCCACCCAAUCUUGCUCAUCUGUUCUUGAAGAAUGUUGUGAGUUUUUAUACUUGGUAUCAACUGCUUCAGAAAAUGGAAUCAUGAGAUUUUAUGAAUCUAGAGGCAUCAAAGUACUAGCUUCUCAGUUGCCUUCUCUGCAAGAUGGUUCACAUCUGGUGGAAAUAUCUAUUAAACUUUUGCAAUUGGUUCUAAGCAAGAUAUCCUUAGACACAAUCCGGAAUGAGUAUUUAUCUGAGCUAUCGGUUAUUGUGGCUGCAAUAGCAAAGCAGUUCGCUAUCUUGCAUAGUUCCUUGAAAUUUGAAGCUCUCCACCUACUUAAUUCCAUUCUUUCUUCAACAGAUUCGUCACAACUUCGUAAAACUCUCCAAUUACGGCCUCAAGAUAGCUGGUCACACAAUAUCCGUGUUGGUAUCAUAGCCAUUUUGCAGAAUCGUGUUGCUACUGCUGAAAGGCUUCAGGCUCUCAUUUUAGCUGAGUCUAUGGUUUCCAUAUUUGGAGAAGAUUGGCUGAUUAGCAAAGUAAGCACUAACGAGACACAAGAUCCAACUCCAGCUGACAUGUGUUUGUUGCUGGUCUUGGAGCAAUCGAGAGUUGAAAUUGCUGUUCUUUUGAAUGAGUUGGCCUAUUUAAAAUAUGAAGCGCCUCAAGAUACCUCGGCUACUGUUGAGGCAUAUUCUCUGAAGCAACGAAACGUGGCUGUUGCCUACUCUUUGGUUGAGAAGAUAAUAAAACUCAUUUCAAAUGUUGGUGAAAAUGAAGGGACCCUUCUCGAUGAUGGCACAUUAACAAAGCUGAUACUACAACUUAAUGAAACAAUUGCUGUUGUGCUAGAGUAUUUAGAAGAUGCAAAGGAACAUGGUCAAAGGAAAGGGGAUGAUUUACUUGCUUCAGUACGAAUCAUUGGAAGCUAUCUAGCAGAAGCACCACUUGCAUGUAAGGAAAAAGUUCAAGAUCUUUUAGGGUAUAUGCUUUCAAUCGAAGGUGCAGAUGAACAAAGGCCCUUCCAAUCUGUGUGCUUUCUGCUGCCUAUGUUGUGUCAAAUUACUAUGAAGGUUGAAGGAUGCAAAGCUCUGGCUUCGUGUGGAGGACUUAAGGCUGUUUUAGACUGCUUCUGUAAAUUAAUUGGGUCAAAUGUUUAUUUGGUUGAGGAUGAUGGCCGUGUCUUCUUGGCAUGUGAUACAAUAAUGAACCUUCUACUGAAGAAAAACAAAGUGCAGUUUAUAUUAGAUGAAUCGGCUUUUGUUGAUCUUCUUAAAGCAUUGGCUUAUUGGUCAGAAAAUACAGAUGACAUGUCAAGUAAGAUGAUGGCUUCCAGCAUUUGUACACUGAUAUUUGAUUAUACAUCAGAAGAGGCUCUUUUAAAGAAUCCUGAUUUCAAUCAUGGAACUCUUAGAAGUCUUUAUCAGCUCAUUGCAAGAUGUCUGGCUUCAUCGGAGCAGGAUACUAACACGGAUAUGGAUCUAUCUGAAAUUAUCUCUGCUGGUUUCUCUCGAUGGGCUCAUCGGUACCCCCACAUCAGAGACGCAAUCAAAACAUGAUCUUAAUUUUCCUAAUAUUGAUUAGUUUUACCUGGAUGCUUUUAAUGUGAUAUUUGUGCUGAGUAAUAUAAUUCAGUUAGAAGGUUAGAGUUCGUUGAUAGUUACUUAA